CUGCCGCAUUGCCUAGGGUUUUGCUAAUCCAUUCGAUUAUCUCAGUUUUCUUACCUUCCAAAUCCCGAUCUCAGAUCUUUUUUCAUUUCUUUCAUUCAUAUUCACUUCUAUGGCCUUAAUAAUACAAUAGCGCUCUCUUGGUUGCUAUUUCGUUUUCUUUUUUAACUUAAAAAAGAAAAGGCGUCAUUUUCUUUGACUUAACCAAUGGCAACCCAGAACCUAUUCGAUCUCUUGGAUGAUGAUACGGAAGACCCAAGUUUGGUUAUUGCCGCUGCUGAGAAGAAGAUGCUUGAAAAGCCCAAGAAAUCUCCUGUUUCGGCCCCGGCUCAAGCUCAGCCGGCUAAGCCUGCGAAGCUCCCCACCAAGCCACCUCCUCCUGCUCAAGCUGCGAGAGAGGCAAGGAAUGAGCCUGGACGUGGAGGAGGCCGCGGUGGUGGACGUGGGCGUGGAUUAAGUGGCAGAGGAUUCAAUCGUGAUUCCACUGUUAGUGAUAACUCCAAUGCAUUUUCAGGAGGGUACAGACCUUCUGAAGAGGGAGAAGAAAGGAAGCAAACUGAAAGGCGUGGUGGCUAUGGUGGCCCGCGAGGUUCCUUCCGUGGCGGUCGCCGCGGUGGGUUUAAUGAUGGAGAAUUUGGAGAGGGGGAACGUCCUCGCAGGGUGUAUGAUCGCCGCAGUGGGACUGGGCAUGGGAAUGAGUUCAAACGUGAUGGUGCUGGGCGUGGUAAUUGGGGUAGCCCUACUGAUGAAGUUGCUCCGGAGAUUGAAGAAAAUGUCCCCGAGGAUGAAAAGAAUAUUGGCAUUGAGAAUCAGCCUGGAGAGGAUGAUGCUGCGGAUGCCAGCAAGGAGAAUGCUGCAAAAGAAACCGAGGAGGAGCCUGAAAUUAAGGAGAUGACCUUGGAAGAAUAUGAGAAGGUUCUUGAGGAGAAGAGGAAAGCUCUGCUUGCCCUCAAGACAAAUGAAGAAAGGAAAGUUGAUACCAAAGAGUUCGAGUCCAUGCAACAACUUUCAAACAAGAAGAGCAAUGAUGAUAUCUUUAUCAAACUGGGUUCUGAAAAGGACAAGCGCAAAGAUGCUGAUAAAGAAGAAAAAGCCAAAAAGUCUGUCAGCAUCAAUGAGUUCCUGAAGCCAGCUGAAGGUGAGAGGUACUAUGGACCGGGGCGUGGUCGAGGCCGUGGCCGUGGUCCCAGAGGAGGGUAUGGAGGCAAUGCAACAAGCAACGUGUCAGCUCCCUCAAUCGAAGACCCUGGGCACUUUCCUUCACUGGGUGGCAAGUGAGUCUGCAGUGCCACAAUCUACACAAUGCGUUUCCCCUUGUCUGGGACUUUAUUGUGAUCUAUUCCAUAGUCAGGAUCUACAAACUUUUACUGUUUUCGAGUGUAAAUUUAGAUAAUUUGCCCAUUCCCUGGCAUGCAUGCAUGCAUGCAUACUUUGUUUUGUUUUACUAUUUUUGGUUAAAAUCAGAACAAAGGUUCAUUACGA